AUGAUUAACGAAACAAAAAAAUUUGAUAUUCAUUUAAGUAAUUUUAAAGUAUCAACAGUAACUAGAUUAACUAUUCCAAUAAAUUCGAAUCAAUUUACAAUUGGAGUAUUAUUAGCACUUGCAUCUAGUCUAUUUAUUGGUACAAGUUUUAUUUUAAAAAAGAAAGGUUUACUUAAAUUAACUAUUUAUAAUGGAGCAAUACGUGCAGGAUCAGGAGGUUUUGGAUAUUUACGUGAAUUUUUAUGGUGGGCAGGUUUAGCAACAAUGGGACUUGGUGAAUUAUGUAAUUUUGCUGCUUAUGGAUUUGCUCCAGCAUCAGUUGUUACACCACUCGGAGCACUUUCAGUUCUAGUCAGUGCCUUAAUGGCGGUUCGAUUUUUGGAUGAAAAAUUAAAUAUACUAGGUAAAAUAGGUUGCCUUCUUACUGUAUUUGGUUCAGUUAUAAUUAUAAUUCAUGCACCUAAAGAUAGUGAAGUUAAUUCUUUAUUUGAUUUUUCUCGUAAAAUCGGAACAGCAGGAUUUCUUUUCUUUUCAUCAACCACUUGCUGUUGUAUUUUUUGUUUAAUUGUAUAUUGUGGUCCACGUUUAGGUUCAAAACAUGUUCAUAUAUAUAUAUUAAUAUGUUCCCUAUUAGGUGCAUUUACCGUAACAGCAUGUAAAGGUCUUGGUGUUGGUUUAAAAGAAAUUUUUAAUGGUGAAUAUACAUAUUCAAAAUGGUUAACAUUUUCAUGUGCAAUAGUGAUUAUUAUUUGUAUUCUAAUACAAAUGAUUUAUCUUAAUCGAGCUUUAGAUUUAUUUUCUACUCCAGUAGUUACAACAAUUUAUUAUGUUUUAUUUACAACAUGUGUAUUAAUAACGUCAGGUAUACUUUUUCAUGAAUGGAAUAAAUUAACAUUUGUUGAUACAAUGGCAUGUAUUGUUGGAUUUUUAAUAACAACAUGUGGAUUAAUUUUAAUAAAUUAUAUAAAAACAAAUGAUUUUAUUUUUCCAUAUUUUUCAACAAAUUCAACAUCAAUAGUUAAUGUUAAACAACACCAACAACAUCAUCUCCAAGUCAAAUCAUAUGCCAAUCUUUUGGUUGAUGAUGAUAAUUUUUCAUCUAUAACGAAUUCUCUAAAGGAACAACGUCAACCAAUAUUAUUGAUUGAUGAACGUGAUCUUAAUUCCUAG